UCAGGACAAUUUCUGAUCGAGCGAAGCGUUUCAGCUUACAUAGAUUUAUCCGGGUCGGCCUGAUUGAAUUUUAGACCGGCUUUUGCGAAAAGAAUCUUGGACCGGCUCGGUCUACAUUUCUGGGCCGAGACCCAGCACGAGGAGGAAAUAAGCAAAAUAAAUGGUGGCCGCCAAUACUUCUUCUCUCUCUAUCUCCACUUACCUACGGAAAACGAAGCUAGUUCUUUAAUCAGGGGAAACCCUCCCUCUCUAACUCUCUCUUUCUCUCGCCGCCUCCCAUGGCGGAGGUCAGAGAACGGCUCCUCCCGCCGAGGCCCUCGGCCUCCACCUCCGCCCUCCUGCCCAUGACCUCCAACCACCGCGAAUCGUCGGUCCCCGCCGGCGGCGGCUCCGGCCACGCCGGGCGCCGUCCCGUCUUCCAGGGCAUGGACUUUGUGGGGCUCAAGAAGCGCGGCCAGGGCCUCCGCUCGUGGAUCCGCGUCGACUCCACGGGAAACCACCAGGUGAUCGAGGUGGAUAAGUUCACCAUCAUGCGGCGCUGCGACCUCCCAGCCCGCGACCUCCGCCUCCUCGACCCUCUCUUCGUCUACCCUUCCACCAUCCUCGGCCGCGAGAAGGCCAUCGUCGUCAACCUCGAGCAGAUCCGAUGCAUCAUCACCGCCGAAGAGGUCCUCCUCCUAAACUCCCCCGAUAGCUACGUCCUCCAGUACGUCGUCGAGCUCCAGCGCCGCCUCGCCGCCCACUCCGGCGACGUCUUGGCCGGCGGGGGAACCUCCCCGGACUACCUCCCCUUCGAGUUCCGGGCGCUCGAGGUCGCCCUAGAGGCAGCUUGCUCCUUUCUCGAUACCCAGGCAGCAGAACUAGAAAUCGAGGCAUACCCCUUGUUAGAUGAGUUAACAUCAAAGAUCAGUACUUUGAAUUUGGAACGUGUUCGCCGCUUGAAAAGCAGACUUGUUGCGCUGACUAGGAGAGUGCAAAAGGUUAGGGAUGAGAUAGAGCAGUUAAUGGAUGAUGAUGGGGAUAUGGCUGAAAUGUAUCUCACUGAAAAAAAGAUGCGAAUGGAAGCAUCAUUCUAUGGUGAUCAGUCUUUACUGGGAAACAAUUCUGCUGGGGUUGGAGUAUCAGUUUCUGCCCCUGUUUCUCCUGUUUCUUCACCGCCUGGAUCACGGAAGCUUGAGCAGACCUUGAGCUUUUCCAGGAGCAGGCAUGAAAGUAUGAAAAGCUCAGACAGCACCACUGAACAUAUUGAGGAGUUGGAAAUGUUGUUGGAAGCUUAUUUUGUAGUCAUUGAUAGUACACUCAACAAGCUGACUUCGUUGAAGGAGUACAUUGAUGACACAGAAGAUUUCAUCAACAUCCAGCUGGACAAUGUUCGGAAUCAGCUGAUCCAAUUUGAGCUAGUAUUGACAACUGCAACAUUUGUGGUUGCAAUUUUUGGUGUGGUUGCUGGAAUUUUUGGAAUGAACUUUGAUGUACCUUUAUUUGGCAAACCAGGUGCAUUCCAGUGGGUGCUCAUAAUCGCCGGAGUGAGUGGUGUGAUUAUUUUCUGCUCAUUUCUGUGGUUUUAUAAGUAUAGAAGACUGAUGCCCCUAUAGAUACUUGUGGAUGGCGUAAGGAAAGCAUUUUUUCUCAUUUAAUUUGUUGUGCACUGAACACUCCAAAGUAAUAAGAGGUCCCUAGUUGUUUUGUAUAUACAUGUCGAGUCUUUCCAGUUUGCAGAUGAAUAUGCAAAUAUUUUGGAAAUUGA